AAUUAGUAUUAAGUAUAUUAUCAAUAGCGUGCAUUGUUUUGUUUUGUGCACAAAUAAAAAAAUAUUCCUAAUUCAAAAUUAAAUAUAAAUUAGUUGAACAUUGGUUGGACGGCUGGUGAUUGUUUUUUUUUUUUAUUUCCAUUGUUUUAUUUUGUGCACAGAUAUAAAAUAUUCUUAAUUCAAAUAUAAAUUAGUCGAAUAUUAAUAGGACUGUUGGUUUGCUUUUUUAAUCUUAAAAAACUGAUUUUAAAAUGCCAGUUGCAACUAAAAGUGCAGUGUUGAAUGCAGAUCUAUUAGAAAAGGAAUGGUACAUCGAAUCACCGUGGGGCAGAAUAGCUGUGAUAGCAUGGGGGAACUGCUUCGACCCCCCGGUGCUGCUGUGCCAUGGGCAGGUAGACUCUGCAGCCUGCUUCAGACCACUAGUGAGGCUGUUGCCCAGGACGUACUAUUAUAUCGCGAUGGAGCUCCCAGGGAACGGCAAGUCAGACCCAACACCCCCUGGCUUCAUGAUGGGAGCUUGGGACGUGAUGUAUGCUAUAAAGACCGUGGCUGACCACUUCAGAUGGGAUAGCUUCAUUUACAUCGCCCAUUCUUUAGGAACCUUGCUAGGGAAGCUUUACAGUAUCACAUUCCCAGGGCGCAUAUCACACAUAAUAGACCUGGACCCCACCCCGGCGUACCAGGCAGUGGCCCCGGGAGAACUCCCGGCCUGGUACCACCAGUACUUCACCAGCUACUUCCAGAAGUACAAGAAAUUGACAUCACCCAGGGAAAACGCUCCGAAAUACACUUACGAAAAGGCAUUUUCAAUGAUGAAGAAGAAUCGUGGAUUGACAGACGAGGCGACACACACUGCUCUGGAGAGGAUACUUGAACCAGCUGGACAAGGAUUGGUCAGAUUCACCUUCGAUCAGCGCGCGAAAUGUAUAACUUUACCUGCCUUCCCGCCAACAUUCCUGAAAGCCCUGUACACAUCCAUCCCUACCCCAACCCUUUCCAUUCUAGCUGAGGACUCAAUCCAAAGCGGAUCAUUCAAGAUGGCUGACUUUGUGUUCGAAGAAGAUCUUAAAAGACGAUACAGGGUGCAAAGGGUACCAGGGAACCACGACGUUCAUGUUAGUUAUCCAGAGAGAGUUGCACCACAUAUAAUGGAAUUCUUGACGAUAUACAGAUCACCAUGGAAUUUAUAGCCGCUUGGACUUACAACUGUUUUCGAAAUCGAUAGCUUCCUUAUAUUCAGUAGACUCUUCCAUCUGAGUUUUCAAGGUUCCUUCCUCAGCCGUUGAGGCUGGCAAUCAUCUAGAAUAUUGUCGGUGUUAUCGAUACCCCAAACGAGGCAAUAAUAAUAUUGAAUAUUAACAAUACUAUCAAUGAAAUUAUGUAAGAUUUAUAUUUCUAUCGAAAGUAUAAAAUAAUAUAUAUACGUCCAAAUCAAAAGCGACCUUAUGGCGGCUGGCACUUAGGUUUUUAUUGCCGUUGUCUGAAUACUAAACAGCGGCUAUAAUGGCGUAAGUGUCGGGCGCCAUAAGAUCCCUUUUAAAUUGAACGACGACAUAAUAGUAUGUAGAUAUUUCAAAUCCUGCCAAACAAAAUAUUGCUUCAUUCUCAAUGAUGAUUGUCUGAAAUUCAAUCAUCUCACAAGAUCUCAUCUAUUUAUGAUAAGUCAUAAUAAUUCACACAGUCGUAAUAAACCUUGUCUAUUUUUAAAUCAAAACUUUAUCUUUAACCUUAGCUUUUUCCAAGACAGUUAAAUGAAAAAAAAGUACUUAAGUAUAACCUCGUCUGUCAAGAGGGGAGAAGUAAUAAAAAUAUGUACAGUCAAUAGCACAUGAUGCUACCCAAAUACAUUGCAAAUUCGUCACUAUUACCGAAGCAUAGAGCAUGUGCAUUUUUGACUGUACAUGAAUUUAUCUAUAUAUGCGACACGUGCUAUGUUAAUCACAUAUAACAUCGCAUUAUCUUGUAACGCCCGCUUUAUAUUAUCGCGAUACAGAAUUCGGCAUACAUUGUUGGUUUUUCAUUGCGGUAAAUAAAAGCGCUCAUACGAACAACGCAAUGUUCGUGAAUUAACGUCAGCACCUGUCCGGCGAUAGUGUGCAACCGGCAUACGAUUAUGUGAAAGUCAUUUUUACGUUAUCAGCGUUAAGGAAAAUUAUUAUACUGAUUACAACUAGGAUGUGCACUUUGAAUCAAAACAGAGAUAUGAUAUAAUAAUUCCUGUACUUUUAACGGUCUUUGACGUUGCCACAGAUUAUACAAUACAUAGGGAUAUGUUUACAAUCUAGAUUAUUACAAAAUAGUUCCAAAAACAACAAGUACCAAAUCGUCGUAUCUACCUAAGUAUUAGUAUAUUAAUCUGUCUGUACUCAAUCACGUGUCAAACACAUAAUGACAAUGAUCAAGUGAACGUGAAAACCUUGAAAUGGAAAAUGUCCUUCAAUUUCCACGACAAUAGAACGCCUCUCUUAUACCAUAUGAACCUGGUUUCGUUCCGGGCUGUGACGCCGCGAACUCCCUACUAUGUGGCCUAGGGAGAAUAUCCAUUUAUUUAUUUUAUUUAAAAUCUUUAUUGCACAAAAUUACAAAAAAAAUAUAGGUACAUACCAAAUUUGGACUUAGCGACAUAUGAGAUUCUCUACCAGUCAACCAUUAGACCAAAAAGAGAUAGCAAGAUGGUGUCAUAAAGUGAAAAAAAAAUGAUUUGAUUUUACUUAUUGAAUAUAGGUAACCAGGUUUUAUAUAAUCCAUGAUGUACUGAACAUUACAAUCUAAACACAGCUUAGUAAACAAGUGAGCAGUUUCAUCGAAAUAUCUAGCCUCCAAUCUAACACAUCAAAACUUAGUCGUGGCUUGUAUCGGCCGCAAACGUACUAUGUCCAUCUGGCAGGUACAGAUCUGGACAAAAAUCUUAAGUAAAAUCGAUAAUUUAAAUUUAUUCCCAAAAAUGGUUGACGUCAGGUUGUUUAAUAACAGCCGUAACUUCAAAAUAUUAAAGAUUGUUUUUUACGCUGACGCCUCAAAUGUAACCAAUUAAAAUUUGAGAGGAUGAGAUAAUGAUACUACGAUAUUCGACGACCUCGAUGGCGCAGUGGUAAAGUGCUUGCCUCUGAACCGAGAGGUCCCGGGUUCGAUCCCCGGUCAGGUCAUGAUGGAAAAUGAUCUUUUUCUGAUUGGCCCGAGUCUUGAAUGUUUAUCUAUAUAUGUAUUUGUUAUAAAAUAUAGUAUCGUUGAGUUAGUAUCCCAUAACACAAGUCUCGAACUUACUCUGGGGCUAGCUCAAUCUUUGUGAUUUGUCCUAAUAUUUAUUAUAUUAUACUACUUUAUUAAAGUCGUAUUAUGUAAAAUGAAAAUGUCAUAGAUUUUUGGUGCGUGUAUUUUUAGGUGUACUGACGGUUUUUUCACUACUUAGAUGUGCAAUAAGUGCGAUACAACUUUAUCCUUACUCUUUAACAUAUACACCUACUAUACGAAUUAUGUAUCUAAUGCUAAUAGCACUUAUACUCGACUAACUGUAAAUCUUUACAUCAUUAUAAUUAUAACACGAUAUAUGGGUAAGGACCAUCAAUUUUUUUGCAUAAAAACAUCAUUGUUUAAUUAAAUCCUUGCAUUGUGCUAUUGUGCAAAAAAAUUGUUUCUUUCCUUUUUGUUUAGACCAAGCGCAAUUGGUGUUUUAAUUGGUCCCAAAUCUGUCCCAUUGGUGGGCUCGUAAGGGAAAGCUGUUUCCAUUGUUAAUAAUUUGUUUACGUAAGGAAGAAUAUCAUAAAGUUAUAAUGUUGAAAAGGCAGUCUUGUCUCUUGCUAUCUCAGACUUAUCCAGAUAAGUUUGCGCCCGAUUUUCAGGAAACAUUUUUAAAGAAUAUAAAUCGUAAACCAUCAAUGAGAAUGCAUCAUUAAAAUUCAAUUAAAGCUUAAAAUUAACUGUUUAAAAGUUAAUGUUUGCCUCCACAUACGCCUAAGUAAAUAAUUUUCUUUCGUCGGAGUCACGGUUAUCAAAAGACAAUGCUGGCAGCGACUGUACACACAAACUUUAUGCAAAACGCCAGACGUACAGAUAAGCGCUAAGCCGGGGGAAAAGGACGGCAUCACGUAUUUUGAUGUUUCAGGACACCAUACUGUUCUCUUGUACAGUCUACUGCAUAUCAAGUUAUACAGCAUGGACCCCUAUGUGGCAGUUACAACGGAAAGCAUUUUUAAGUUAGGUAUUAACAAGGAAAUUAAAUUUUAAAAAAAUGUGCAUUGAAAAGAAACUCCCUGUAAUUACACAUACAUAUCUGAAACUUUAUUAAUGAAUUUGUCUUUAUGAAAAUCAGUUCUAUUAAAAUGAAAAUAGGGGACAUGUUGUAAA